AUGGAUUCAAGUGAACCUCAAGCUUCUCAGUGGGAAAUUCGAUUCUCUCAAUCUCGUCAAAGACCCUACUUUUAUUCGACUAAUAAUAAAACUUCAGUUUGGGAUGCACCACCUGAAUUCUCAACUGAAGAAUUAAUGAAAUUACCUGGUGCCCAUUUCCUUCAUGGAGCUGUGACGGGAGGAGGAUUAGGUGGAGCUUUGGCACCUGAUGCAGGUGGAAGUAUUAGAGCUAGUCAUAUACUUAUUAAACAUGCUAAUAGUCGUAGACCUUCAAGUUGGAAAGAAACACAAAUCACUAGAACUCAAUCAGAAGCCAUUGAAAUCUUAAAAGAACAUGAAGAGAUUCUACGACCAUUAAAUGGAAUCCAAUUAAAUGAAAAGUUUCAAGACUUAGCCAAAGUUCAUUCUGAUUGUUCUUCAUAUUCACAUGGUGGUGAUUUAGGUCAAUUUAAAAAAGGUCAAAUGCAAAAAUCAUUUGAAGAAGUUAGUUUUCAAUUACAGAUUGGUGAAUUAUCUAAGAUCGUUACUACCGAUUCUGGUGUACAUUUGAUCCUUAGAACGGCUUGA